AUGAGUAACUUGGACAACUGCGGCGGCCACGGGGCCCCUGGCGUGUACCUCCCCUCGGCCUAUUACAUCUCCCCCUCCGAUUUUUCCGGCAAGACCCCGUUUUUGUCCCAGCCGCCUCCUUCCUGUCAAAUGGCUUUGUCUUAUGCCUCCGCCUUGCCCAGCCAGGUGCAACCGGUGGGCGAAGGGCCCGCCGCCUUCCGCGAUUACGCUGGAGGAGGGGGAAACAGCAAGUGGGCUUACCGGAGCGCUUACAGCCCGGGUUACUACGAGGAGGUCUUCCAUAGCCGGGACUUCCUGCAAUCGCCCCCCGCCAACAGGAGCGAUGCCUUCCUCAAAAGUGACCAGGUUUGCGGCACCCACCCCGCACCUUUCUUUGGCGCCGUAGGCAGGAAUGGCGUUCUCCCGCAGGGCUUCGACCAGUUUUACGAGGCGGCCCGCGGCUGCGCCCCUUCGCCGACCGAGGCAGAAAAGGAGAGCAACAAGGACCUCAAGCCGCCGCCACAGUCGAGGGACGCUGGCGACCCAAGCUCCCACCUUCCCAGGCCGAAGAAGAAAGCAGGGAACGAAGACAACGCGGAUUCCUCCUCUGGGGAGGCCCGCACUCCGAAAAGCCAGAGUUCAGCACUGCCCCAGAGAUCACGGAAAAAGAGAUGCCCUUAUACCAAGUACCAGAUUAGAGUCCUGGAACGGGAAUUUUUCUUCAACGUGUAUAUCAACAAAGAGAAAAGACUCCAGUUGUCCAGAAUGUUGAAUCUCACAGAUCGACAGGUCAAAAUUUGGUUCCAAAAUCGAAGGAUGAAAGAAAAGAAACUCAAUCGAGACCGUCUGCAAUAUUUCACGGGAAACCCCUUAUUUUGA